GAUGGCCUUCAACAUCUCCAAGGGCAUUGUUGGUGAAGGCAUCCUUAGCCUGCCCGCCGGCAUUGCCGCAGGCACCGGCAUUGUGCCGGCUUUGGUGGUCAUGACGGCUUUUUGUGUGGUGAUGAUGUACUCCUUCUGGUCCAUCGGCCGCUGUUGUGAAGCCACGGGCGGCAAGACCCAUGGCGAUGUGGGCAUGGCCGUGUUGGAGCGCGGUGGCCGGUGCUUCGGUGGGACGAUGGAGGUGAUCAACCUCUUGAAGACCACGAUGACUUGCGCGGCCUACGCCCUGGUGAUUGGCAAGAACAGCGCCGACGUGUGGACGGCUUUGGAGAGGGAGUUUCCUGACGGUCUUGGUGGUGAUUCUGUUGCCCCUCUGCCUGCUGCGGGACUUGUCCAAGCUGGCAAUCUCCAGUUUUUUCGGCCUUGUCUGUGAAGCCGGCGUGGUGGUCUUCAUGACCGUCCGCUUGGUGACGGGCGAAUACGCGCCGGGAGGCGAGUUCUACAACAGCCAGGCACCGGGCACCCAACUCAGUUGGGGCGACGGCGAGGGCCCGGACAUGCUCGCAUUCGACUGGAGCGUCUUCGUGCUGAUGAUCGGGAGCAUGUCGACGGCCUUUCUGGCGCACUACAACGCGCCCAAGAGCCAUGGUCGAGAUUUGGGAGCGUAGAGGAUCUAGACUCGAACUAGGAACGGCGCAACUCAGCUGCAAAACCGAGGUUUCGGGGGUGGAAACAUGAAGGACCAUG